AUGCCGACAAAGCGGCUUCGACUCACAGUUUUCAUAGCUGCCAUCGGUGUCAUGCACAAAAAAUCAAAUGUUCCGGGGAAAAGCCAUGUUCGAAAUGUCGGGCUGCAGGCUAUGAAGGCCAGUGCAUUUAUGCAACUCGGGAUCGCAAGAUACGAGUGGAUGAAAGAGCAGCUCUUGAAAGACAGCGAAGAACUUCAUGAUCGACGAACUCGUCUGAAGCAGGAGUCUCACAUGACCCGACAGGAUCAUAGCACUGACUUCCAACAAGUCUCCAAUAACAUUACUGCUGAAAAUGAUGAAUCCAGGAUACAGGGUAACCUCCUCGGAGAUAGACCGUGGUUCCAGUUACAUGACGCCUCUGUGCUUCCUCUCUAUAUCAGUGAGGCAACUUGCACUGCUUUCGCUACUCGUCUCUGUCAAUGUCUGAAAAAGACCAACACCCCCACACUUUACCUCCCAAAAACGCGAUAUACUGAUGAAUCAACGCUAUCAUCUUUGCUGAAUAGCGAUGUUCAAUGGCCCAGCUUUGUGAGCGCUCAACUUCUAGUAAAGACUGCACUUGGGCACAUUGUUCCAUGUUUCCAUUUAGCGAUGAAAAAGGACACAUUGGACAUGCUGCAGUGCGUUUACCAAAGAGGGGAUUUUGAUAAUCCAAGUAUCAAAUGCAAGUAUUUUGCCCUUUUUGCCAUCGCCCAGGUUUAUUCGACUCCUCAUGAUACCUCCAACGCGUCGAAUGUACCGGGCUCGGCAUAUUUUGCCCGAGCGUUGAAUCUCAUCCAAAUCAUCCCCGAGAGGCCGAGCAUGAUUCACAUAGAAAGUUUGCUAUUGAUUGCAUAUUACUGUCAAUUUUUGAAUCGUUUCCACUCUGCGUACCUCUUCAUAGGAAACGCAUUGCGUCUCGGGCUUAGCAUAGGCUUGAACUACAAUGUUCCGCAAACUCAAACUCUACACCCAAUAGCACGAGAACACCGGAUUCGAAUAUGGUGGACAAUUUAUGUACUUGAGCGCUUCUGGGGCUCAAAAUCAGGAUUUCCCGUGCAAAUUCACGAUGAGGAUGUCCAUGUUGACCAGCCCUCGCUUGUUGUAUCAGAGACCUAUCCUGACCAAUUCUUGGACGGUGCAUACCAGAUUGCAGCCAUUGAACUUGCCAAAAUUACUGGAGACACGACAGGAGAGAUCUAUUGUCGAAAGAUUUCCGCUGAGAGCUUUCUACACCGUGAGCAAAGACUUUUGACUCAACUUAAACAAUGGGUUCAAUCUCUUCCUGAGCAUCUGAGGCUCAGCCCAGAUAAGCCAAACUCCAAACAUACGAUCCAAAUGCAUCUUCAGUUCAACUUUGUAAGAGCAUGUGCUACUUGGUUUGAGAAUCGUUUACUGACUUCGCAGUGUGUCAUCUUGGCGAUCAGACCAGUCCUCCUCCAUGUUCUUACUUUGGAGAUCAAAGACCAACUCAAGGGGUCUACGGGCACUAUUUCUCCCAUCCUGGCCACCCUGAGCGAGGCCUGCAUCCACGCGGCCAGACACUCUCUAGCAUUGUGUGUGAACGAAUGGACCGGCGGUUCCCUAGCGAUUUUCGGCUACUCUUUCCCUGCGUAUAUUUUCUCUGCUGCAUUGGUCUUAGUAAUUUCUAGUCUUUUGUCGCUCGGAGAUCCAAGCGACUUGACCUCAGCCGAGACCGCCACGGAAAUCCUGAAAAGCCUCAGCCUAUCUGAUCAUCUGGCAUCGAGAGAUUUGUAUGAGCGCAUGCAGCGGGUGCGCCAGUGUUUGCAAAGCAAUCCAAUUCACUCUACGUCUGCUCCUGCUCACGGUGCUGCCGUCAACUCUACUAAUGUACCGCCAUUGACCGAAGAUCCGGUCUUGGGGGCAUUGCCAUCUAGUCGGUUCUCCGGCAAUGUCCAAUAUCUCGUGGGUCCUCCGGAUGAUUUGAGUCAUCUGCUUGAUUCGAAUGUUCCAUAUCUCACUACCGAGAUGGCUCUUCAUCAACCUACUAUGUUAGACUUCCUGGCUCAGUCUCAUGUGGACUUUGGACUACUCGACUCUGUGGAGAUGUUCAAUGAUUUUGAUUUGGCUUUUUCCAUGUCUACCGACUCGCCAUAUGAGUCAAGUAAUUAUUAA